UCUCCGCUCUGCGACAUGUGGGUAUUUCACUUCUGCUCGUUUGGCUUUUCAGUCUUUCUUGGUUUAUCCUGCAGCUUGUUGGCCGUGUCCUCCCUCCAACAGGAAGACAGAUGUCUGACCUGUCUCUCUCUCUCUCUCCCUUUCUGUCUGUCUGUAACUCUCUCUCUCUCUCCCUCUUUCACUUGGUCUCAGCUGCAGUACAAAUCCUGGCUUCCCUUCACAGCUCUGUUAGCCUGCUACGCUCUACACAACUGUUCCAUGCUCUGAGACACGCCGAGGCUCACACACACACACACACACACACACACACACACACUUACUGUAUCAUCUCACAGAGACACAAACGCACACACACACACACACACACAUCUCCUGGAGCUCCUGCAGAACCAGAAGAAGAGAAAAGAGGCUGGAAGAAUUUGGCCUAAAGUCCUGCAGCCGCCUUCAAACUGCUGGGAUGAGGUGGUGGCUGGCGGUGGCCAGUUUGUGGCUAGUGGUGGCCCUGACCAUCCCUGACACCCAGGCCAGGAACCUUCGCAAGGAUGGUGAGAUCCGCCAUGGGAAGAGGAAGAGGAGUGGACAGGGUCACGGGGAGGCCAGAGCAGGAAGCUCCAGACCUGUGAAGAUCAGACUGGUCCCUGGUCCCACUGUCCCAGUAGAACCAGGAACGAACCAAGGACACACUCUGUUCCUACAGCCCUACAGGAACAUCCAGGAACAGCACUCCAGCUACAACGUUAUCCCAGGUAAGCAGGGCCAGUGUGUGUACCAGGGUCUGACCAUGUUCGACCAGGCCGUCUGGUCCCCGAAGCCAUGUGUGACGUGUCUGUGCACCGGAGGGCGGGUGGUCUGUGACGAGAUCACCUGUCCCACAAUGCACUGCCACUUCCCCUUCACCCCCGCUGGGGAGUGCUGCCCCGUCUGCAUGGAGCCAGACCCUGACCUCAGCCUUGACCUUUCUGGUGACUCCCCAGUUCCCAGUGACCCCAGCCAGCCAGUGACCCCGCUGACUCAGGAGGAGAUCAGGCGAAUUAUCUGGCGAGAGGAAGAGGAGCAUCGCGAGGAGGAGGAGCGCCUGAGGAAGAAGGACGAGGCGAGGAAGAAGAGGAGGAAGGAGAGGAAGGAGCAGGAAGAGAAACAGAGAAAGAUAGUGGAGGAGAGGAGGAGGAAGGAGCAGGAGGCCCUGAGAUUGCAGGUGGAAAAGGAGGAAGCGGAGUGGAGGAGGCAGAUAGAGGAAAUGAAGAGGCAGGAGGAUGAGCUGAGAAGACUGGAGGAGGAAGACAGGAAGCAGAAGGAAGCAGCAGAGAGAGAAGCAAGGGAGAAAGAAAGAAAGCUAGAGGAAAAGAGGAGGAGGCAGGAGGAGAUCCUGAGGGAGGAACUUCUGGCUCUGGCCGAGGAGGAGGAAGAGGAGCACCAGGAGGAGGUGUGGCUGAGAGGAGACGUCUUUCAGAUGCUCCCAAAAGAACCAGAGGAACCAGAAGAACCAGAUCUCAUCCCUGCUCCAAUCCCAAGACCCCCUGCUGCGACGGAGGAAGAGCUAUAUGAGGUGGAGGCAGUGGAGGAGGAGAGGGAGGAGGAAUGGGAGGAGAGGGAGGUGGAGGUGGGACCGAACAGAGGAGGCCUCCCUCCAGGCUGUGACAUUUCUGAUGUCACUGUGACAUGUGAGAACGCCAAACUCAUCCACUUCCCUCCUCUGUCCAUACCUGAGCUCAAGUCUCUGAGUCUGGAAGGAAACAACAUCAGCAGCAUCCCAGCAGGAGCCUUCAAUGGCAUCCCCAACCUGGAGUGGAUCAACCUGAAGAAAAACAAACUCACCUCGGCCGGCAUUGACGCCAGAGCCUUCAAAGGCCUGAAGAUGCUGAGUCGUCUCUACCUGGACGGGAACCUGCUGGAAGCCGUGCCCUCUGCCCUCCCCCCCUCCCUGCAGGAGCUGAAGAUCAGCGAGAACAAACUGAGGAGGAUCGAUGAGAACAGCUUCCGAGAUAUGAGCAACCUGGUGAUUCUGGAGCUGGAAGGAAAUCUGUUGAGUGAGGGGAAUGUGGAUCCUCUGGGCUUCACUCCCCUAAUCCAGCUCUCCUACCUCAGACUGGGAAGAAACCACUUCCGCACCAUACCACAGGGGCUUCCUCCUUCACUGCUGGAGCUGUACCUGGAGAACAACCUGAUUGAGGAAAUCUCGGAGACAGUUUUUAAUCAGACCAGAAAUCUGAACGUGGUUUCUCUGAGACACAACAGGCUGGAUGAGACCAGAAUCGCCCCGAUGGCUUGGAUCAACCACAGGAAUAUUGAGUCCAUCGACCUUUCAAAUAACCAGCUCUACCUGGUUCCGUCCUACCUGCCCAGAUCGCUGGUCCAUCUCGUGCUGGUGGGAAACAACAUCGAGAGGAUACCUGGCUACGUCUUCGCCCACAUGGACCCCGGGUUAGAGUAUCUCUACCUCUCCUACAACAAACUGGACGGGGAAGGGAUCGAACCCGAGUCCUUCUUCGGCUCAUACCACUCCAUGGUGGAGCUGUGUCUGGAUCACAACCAGCUCCUGGCUGUGCCAUCCGGCAUCAACGAGAUGACCAACGUGCACUUCAUCAGACUCAACAACAACAGGAUCAGGAGCAUCCGCGACGAAAGCAUCUGUGACCCGAACCACAGCGGAGACUCCACUCUGGUGGCGCUGAGGCUGGAGAACAACUACAUCGACCCCCAGAAGGUCUCACCGUCGGCCUUCUCCUGCGUCCGGGCCUCCUCCAGCGUGGUCUUAAAACCUCAGCAGGCUGAGCGCCGGAGUCCACACAAACCCAAACACUAAAAGACGUUUGUUUAUAAACCCUGAAAACACAGGAAUGAAUAUAUGGGAUUGUAAUGUGCCACAAAGGACGUAGAAAGUCAAGAUUAAUGUCCUUCAUUAGCUUCCACUGCUGCUGCAUGUUACUCAAAUAACAUUUCAAAAAUAAUAAGAAAGCUACCCUCAGAAAGCCUCUCACAUUAAAGUGUGAUGUACAGACUGAACAUGGAAAUUUUGACACGUCUCAAAACAGUCACGGCUGAUAUAAUUUGGCUUGUCUCUAUCGUCCUGUCCUUCUCUUGGAUGAAAUCCUUACAAGCUGCAUAAAAGUACGAUUUCCUCCUCGUCUGGCUCUCACACGUUUUUUUUAAAGUCUGGUAAGUUGUCACCUGAAUCCACUCAAAUGAAGGAAGGUGACAGAACAUGGUCAGACUUUAAACACAUCUGUCUUCUUACGGGAAAUGUGAAACUCUCUCAAAUGGAAAGAAUCCCUGCAGCCAUACACAGUAAAAAAGGAAAAUGCUCAUAAAGAAAUGGAAAGAAUUCUAUGAAGUGAUACCACAACCCCAACACAUCAUUUUUUAACAACCUCAGCACCUUCAUGUUCGUGAGCAGUAAAGCUGCAUGUGUGCCUCAUCCUUCAGGCUCAGUGUUCACGAUCCAGAGGAGGUUCAAGUGAGCUGCUGGAGAGAUGAUCUGACGGAGGUAGACACGGGAGGGGCAGUGACACAUCUGCUUAUAGACCUGAUGCAGAAUUUAUUGGGAGUCUUUCCAUAUGUCGUAGGUUUUGAGUCAUAGUUUAGCUUCAGAUUUUCACAUGUGGACGGCACGCUACAAUUCUGAUUGCAUACAUUGUCUGUAUUUUGGCCAUUUUGUGCUUUAACUAUAUUCCCAGUUAUAGCUGUUUCACUUCAGUCUGUUAUUCAGAGGGACGGUGGGUAAAUUGGAGAAACAUCUACCUGUCCUCUAUUUCCCCUUGUCUCUGGACUGAAGGACACUUUUCUGUAGGGUUGAGUAUUCUUUGAGUUUUUUUCUAAUUUAAAUAAGGGCUAAACUCUUCAUAAUUUGAAACAUUUACAUUACUCUACACUGCAUAAUCACAUAAUAAAUAAAGCCUAAUCCAACUACACUAAUUCAACACUAAGUAACAGUUUCAGGACACAAUACAACUCAAGUGGCUCAGCUCCAGACUGUCUUCCUGCCACCAGGACCUCCCUUUACACAGAAUUGUUCUCCAACGUUUGCUGCACGUCCUGGUGUUGUAAUCCUUUUUACGUGGUUUCAUUUAAUGCUGAAUGUUGUGAUGAGCUGAGCGUGUGCUGUGGAGCUUUGUGUGGACGUUGUGGUCGGAAGAGACAAUCAAUCAAACGCCUUGGACCUUCAGUUGUCUGUAAGAACUCCAUAAGAGCUGAGCUGUGGGGGAACCGCUGGUUCCAGAGGUCUUUACCUCACUGUAAAAUUUCCACUUCAGGGUUUUUUUCUUUUCCAGAGUUCCUCAGCACAGACAACACAAGAAUCUCCUGGGUGGUGGAACCAUACUUCAGCUCUUUAGCUCUAAGUUCAUCCUUCAACUAUGAACCUGUGUCACCGAGCUGCAGUGUAGUGAUAAGCAAACAGGAGCUUUGACAGUGGAUAACAGAAGGGAUCUGAACUUAUGAUGAGUAAAUAAUUUGUGUGUGUGCAGGGGAGAUGUGGAUUAAAUGCUCUUACUGUUAUAACUUUGCUUUACAUUAAGACAUUUUGUGUUAUUACAAAUAGCAGGACUGUUUGAAUGAUAAGCCCUUCACCUUGCUCUUGGUCAACUUGUCUAAGUUACAUAACAGUUUGUACAAUGUUAUAAUGUACAAUAAACAUCACUUUGUUCCCA